CCAUAAACAUAAAAGAAUAAUUUAAUUAUUUUAUCAAGUUUGGAUAUGCGUGUAAUAAUUUUCUUCCAUGAACAACAGCGUAGACUUUGGUCUUAGUGGAAGGUUCUUAGAGUCUUCAAGGAUGGUGUACGAGGAAGUUCAUGAAAACAAAUAUGUAUCUAACUGGAUUGGUGAAGUCUUUAAGGAUAUAGAAACAGAAAAGAAGAGGUUGAUUUCAAAUCGAGAUCUUGUGCGAGUAAAACUCGAAGCAACUGAUCAUAAGAUAUAAGCCAAUUGAAGAGGUUGAUAGUCUCAAACAUUCAAUGGCUAAAUGGGAAAUUUUUCUUAGUUUUAGAGGAGAAGAUACGCGUUACGCGUUUACAGGUUCUCUUUAUCAAUCUUUAUGUCGAGGGGGAUUCAAGACCUUUAUGGAUGAUAGAGGAUUGCAGAUGGGAGACCAAAUUUCACCAUCUCUUUUAAAUGCCAUUGAAGCAUCGAGGCUUUCGAUUAUUGUUUUAUCUGAAAACUAUGCAAAUUCGACGUGGUGUCUGGAUGAACUUGUCAAGAUUCUCGAGUGUAUGAAAUUGAAGAAUCAAUUGGUUUGGCCAAUCUUUUACAAAGUGGAGCCGUCUGACAUCAGACAUAUGAAAAAAUCUUAUGGAAAAGACAUGGCUCGACAUGAAAAUAUACUUGGAGUUGAUUCUGAGAGAGUACAAAAAUGGAAAUCAGCUUUAGUUGAAGUGUGUAAUUUGGCCAGAAUGGCUUAUUCAAUCGGGUAUGAAUAUGAAUUUAUUCAGGAGAUUGUGGAAGAUGCCAAUCUCAUUAGAAGUCGUUUGCAAAUAAGAAACAUAUAGAUAACAACAAUAACUACUUAUAUCUAAUUUGUGGUAUUAGUUUGGGUUGGAAUUAAGGUAAAGGUAACAAAUUCAUGUUAACUACUCUUAAUGUGCAGUAAAAAUAUGAAUUCAUGUUAACUUUGUUGGUGUUGAAGACUUGAUCCAAGCCUCAUAUGAUAUUCAUUUAAGUUUUUCUUUAAUAUAUUGUCGUCUAAUUUUGCUUACAAGUCAUGAUUAGAAGAACAAUGCAACUCUAAAGUUAUUUUGAAAGAACAUCACUUUUUCUCUAUGAACAAUGUUACUGUCA